AUGCUCUUCGGCCUUCUCCCACUGAUCAAGAUGAUAAUCCUGAUAAUCAACGGCAUCGCGAUCCUCUCAGAAGACCGCUUCCUUGCGCGCAUCGGCUGGGCAGCAACGCAGCCGGAGCAGGUGUCGUUUGGCGGGAACACGGGCGAUGUCAGCAUCAAGGCGAAGAUGGUAAACCUCAUAUCGGCGACGAGGUUGUUGACUAGGAUACCGCUCAUCGGGAUUAAUACUGUGGUUAUCAUCUACGAACUACUUCUGGGCUAG